AUGCCACCUACCACUACUACUAUCAUGGGUUCAACUACCAACACCAACAAACAACCUCAUCAUCAUCAUCAAUGGAUAGGCUUUUUACCGUUAUAUCGACUACUCGUCGCUGCCAUUUGUAUCUUUCUUUUUCCUUUCUUUAUCCUCAGCACGUUGGUUUCCGGAAUUCUUGGCUUGAUCAUUAAUCGCAUGGUGCAUCCACACACCAACGCGGCAUCAUCAGGUGGUGGUGGUGCUGCUGCUGCAACUACAACAACAACAGCCACUUUGACGUCAGCAACAGAGGACCACAACCACAACAACCACAAUCACAUUCACCAUCAUGAUGACGAUGACGACGAUGAUGAUGAUGACAAUGACGAUCCUCAAGAUAACAUGGAGUAUUGGCUUCAACGAUGCUCCAUUUGCUUUGAAGCUCAACUUGAUUUAUGCCUUGAUUAUUGUCGUGAUCAAUAUUGUCUUGAUUGCUUCCGCAGAUACGUGACCAAUGUCGUUACCUCGUCAUGGGGUCUAAGUGUGACCAAGAUCAGGUGCCCUGUAUGUCAGGACCAUAUCCCACAAAGUGAAUGGAGCAAAUUCGUACCAAAGAGCGUCGUGGAUCAAUACAAUCGCUUCAAUCAACCUUAUCGCAGCUUUUCACGUUGUUGUCCUGGGUGUGAAACGGAGGUGAUGCCCUGUCAAAGAUUACAACGAAGUCAACCCAGACGCGUCCAUGGACUACUCAAAGAAUACUUGCUUCAAUGCACCGAACACCAUGAUCAUCCACGUCAUCGUAUGCUGUUGCGAGAUUUAUUACCAGUCUAUGAACGCCAAGAAUGGUCUAGCCAUACAUUGUUGGAUGUGUACAAGCGUACGAUUCAUGCGCUCAAGGUCUUGGAACGGGACCAUCCCUCUUUUAUCCAGCCCCUUGCCAUUGCACAGCAAAUCUUAUGCUUUGACAUGAAGCCUGACACUUGGAGAAAGCUACAAUUUAUUCACAUUGGCCAAUUCCCUGAUAUCCAUUGUCCCGAAUGCAACAUGGUCUUUUGCUUACAAUGCGGUAAUCAACAACAUCCAGGCUCUACAUGUGAGCAAUACAUGCAAAACGUGGUGGAUCAUCAUGCUGCACCCGUCGAAGUGAUAGAGACAUUUCAAUGGCAGCUGAAAAACAGCCGACGUUGUCCCAGUUGCUCUAUCAUGAUCCAACGCGAUGAAGGUUGUAACAAGGUGGAUUGCUCAUUGUGUGGUUAUUGCUUUUGCUGGGCAUGCUUAUCACAAUGGUCAGACAAAUGUGGUUUUUAUCAUUGUUCACGAUCACCCACCUCUGAAUACGCCAAUACGUCUCCCGAACAUUCAAAUGCAAAGACCGAGCUUGGAGUACCCAAUGUUUCUUCCAUUCAAGCACGACUCUAUCCAGGCAUCAAUGCUUAA